GAACCAAUAAUCACGAGCUUCUUGACAACGGCCGAUGUCCUCACUACCACCACCACUAGGAAAACUCCCGGGACUUUAUUGGGACUCUGAAAAGAAACGAUACUUCACUUUACCUGCACAGACAGUACACGCUUCCUCACCUCCCUCAACCUCGACGCAGGCAUCUUCUACUCCCAAGAAGAAGAAGAAACGUGAGACCGUCAACAAACUCGAUGCGAAUAUUACUAGCGGAGCGAAGGUCGAGAGGUCCUCAUUACCGUCACAAUCUAUAAAAAAGAAACAACGAUCUCGUCGUAACUCAGACGACUCCGAUCUACAACUCGAAUCAGGAUCGGAGGUUGGUGUAUCUAUAUCUACCGCUCAUUCGACUAGGUUGAACACCAGACGGAACUGGAAAAGUCUACACGACACUGUAUGUUUUGGGUCAGGACUAUUAGGUUCGGGCUAUUCAGAAAGGGAACGGGCUAGGAGUGGACUCGUAAAAGCAAGACUAUCGAAUUCGCAGUCUCCAUGGAAACAUACCCAGGCCCCUCUCAUCAUAGGAAAUACCAUUACAGCGCUAGAUUUUUCGAGCACCGGUAGACAUCAGAGAAGAUUCGUCGGAGAUAGUCUGGGAUGGUUGUACACCUACUCCCGACUGUGGGAUCGGAGGUCCCCGCGUGAAGAGGAAGAUGCAGACAUGGAAAGAGAUUGGUUAUAUUGGACUGGGGAGUAUCAAGUGAAUCUACAUCCUGGAGGUGAGGUUUCUUCGAUUCACACCUCAGAAACUCGCUGUGUCGCAACCUGCUUCGGUCCCACCACUAGAAUAUGUGUUCAGCGAUUCGAUAGGGAUGACUUACCAACAACGACUCUUCUUACACUACCCUCCCACAUCUACGACGUCCGUUCCUCCUGCCUCGUGCAAGGGACCGAAACGACUUCACUAGGCAUCAUUCUAGGUGCAGCCAAGAAAGCCGUUUACAUCCCCGAUUUGGAAUACUCUAGCCAGCGAGAGAUGAGGAUGUUGGAAACAGACAGCGACGUGUUUUGUGUGACUACCAGCGCCGAAUUUUGUGACAAGGUCGCCUUCGCUGGGUGUAGAAACGGCGGAAUCAAACGGUUUGAUCUGAGGGUUUCGUCUGCCGGUGUUGUCAAAGACAAAGGACAGAGUUCAGUGGUAUACAUGGGCGCUAUCACUCGUUGUCCCAAUGAGAUGGUGGUUGGGUGGAUGAAUGGGGAGCUCAACGCAUACGACCUACGAUUCUUGAGGUCAACUGAAACAACCACACCGACUCGAAUCUUCAAAGGACACGUCGGGGGCAGGAAUAAACAUCACCAUUGGGAAUCGGCGACAACGAUGACACCCUAUUCAGAUUUCUUAGUCUCCGCCAGCGAAGACGGGGCUGUUAGGAUGUGGUCCCUCCGAUCUUCCCUCUCUACCGAAGAAGCGAUCGAAUUACCUAAAAUUCGGUCAGAGGCUGGGGACGGUCACGUAGUUCGGUGUGUCAGUAUGUUUGAACGAGAGGAAGGAGGUGCGUCUGGGUUGCCGCAGUUGUGGGCUUCGACCUCCAGAGGUGUGGAUGAGGUGUGGAAGUGGGAGCCAGGACAUUUACUGAACUAGGCCCGUUGGUUCUCGUGGUUGUCGAUGGAAAUCCGAGGGAAGAUCAUGUCAUCGGCUGUAAGAAAUUAGAAUCAAGGUGAACAGCGUUCGAGGCUCCUUUUCUUGAUGGUCAUUCGAAGAGCACAUGCGAUUUUGAUUAUGUAUGAUCAUAUCACUCUGAAGCGCAAUCACAACCUCUGAUUCCAGCCAACUUCAAACAAUCAUCCUCAAAGACUCCAUCGAAGAGCGGAGCCACAACAUUCCAAACUGGUGUCCUUUGAAGCGAAAUCGGG